AGUGCGACCGGGUUCUCCCUCCGUGAUCGUCUCAUCCAGGGAGAGAGAGAGAGCAGUAAUGGCGGCCGGAUAGAUCCACAUAGAAACACCGAGUCCGCAAUCAGCCGCUCUCACCGCCGCCCUCCGUGGGCAGCCAGCCUCACAUAUCGCGGCGGAGCCAGCGUGACAGACACGGAGCGGAGACACGGGCUUCAGGGGGUACGGGAAUCCUUCAGCGGACCGUUACUGCCCGGGACUUUCCUUCUACUUUUCUAAAAAAAAAAAAAAAAAAAAAACAUGGACGAGCAUCCCGGCGGAGGAGGGGUCGGAGCAGGAACCCCGAGACAGCCUCCGCCGCCUCAGCAGCAGCAGCAGCAGCAGGGGAGCAACAGCAGCGCUAACCAGCCGAUCGGAGGAGUCAUGGUGCCGCACCAACCGGACGAGCUGCCCCGGCCGCAGCAGCAGUACACCAUCCCCGGCAUCCUGCACUACAUCCAGCACGAGUGGGCCCGGUUCGAGAUGGAGCGGGCGCACUGGGAAGUGGAGAGGGCCGAGCUCCAGGCGAGGAUAGCGUUCCUGCAGGGUGAGAGGAAAGGUCAGGAGAACCUGAAGAACGACCUGGUUAGAAGAAUAAAAAUGUUAGAAUACGCUUUAAAACAGGAAAGAGCAAAAUAUCACAAGUUAAAAUACGGGACAGAGUUAAACCAAGGAGAGAUGAAAAUGCCAAGCUUUGAAUCAGACACCAAAGACUCUGAGGUCUCUGCUGUUCCUGCCAACAGUCAGCUCACCUGGAAACAAGGAAGACAACUACUCAGACAGUACCUGCAGGAGGUGGGAUACACAGACACUAUCCUGGACGUUCGUACUCAGCGGGUGCGCUCUCUGCUCGGCCUGUCGGGCUCCGAGCAGAAUGGAUCUGUGGAGAACAAGAACCUGCAGCACCUGAUCAACGGCACAGAGCGCCGCAAGGACGCCAAGAGGAGUCCAGGUGACGUUCUGGAGACCUUUAACUUCCUGGAGAACGCAGAGGACAGCGACGAAGAGGAGGAUGAGGAGGGAGACCUGAUGGACGACAUCACCACAGACAAACACCACAGAGCCAAGAAACACAAAACCAAGGUUGGGAACGAGGGUUUGGCGUCCGAGGAUGACGCAGACACGGAGGAGGCUCUGAAGGAGUUUGACUUCCUGGUGACAGCGGAGGACGGAGAGGGAGCCGGUGAAGCUCGGAGCUCCGGAGACGGGACAGAGUGGGCGGAGCCUCUUCCGUUUCCUCCUGGCGGUGGGAAGUCCUUCCUGUUGGGGGGAUCAGACGACGUAUUGGAGAGCGUGCUGGGUUUAGGCGACCUCGCCGACCUCACCGUCACCAACGACGAAACAGACUACAGCUACGACCUGCCGUCCAAUAAGGAGUCUUCAUUCAGGAAGACAUGGAACCCAAAGUACACGCUGCGGAGCCACUUUGAUGGCGUGCGAGCGCUGGCCUUCCACCCCGUCGAGCCCUGCCUGGUCACCGUGUCCGAGGACCACACCCUCAAACUGUGGAACCUCACCAAGACCGUCCCUGCCAAAAAAAGUGCCUCCUUUGACGUGGAACCCAUCUACACAUUCAGAGCUCACGUCGGUCCAGUGUUGUCGUUGACGAUGACCUCUAGUGGUGAACAGUGUUUCAGCGGCGGCAUCGACUCGACCAUCCAAUGGUGGAACAUCCCGAGCUCCAACGUCGACCCCUAUGAUACUUACGAUGCCAGCGUUUUGGCGGGGUCGUGGCUUGGUCACACAGAUGCCGUGUGGGGAUUGGCUUAUAGCGGCAUCAAGAACCGCCUUCUGUCCUGCUCGGCCGAUGGAACGGUGAAACUGUGGAACCCGACGGACAAGAACCCCUGCAUCAGCACUUUCAACACAGACAAAGAGCACGGCAUCCCCACGUCGGUGGACUUUAAUGGCUGUGACCCCGCCCACAUGGUGGCAUCGUUUAAUAGCGGAGAUGUGGUGGUGUACGACCUGGAGACAUCCCAGAAUGCACUGGUGCUAAAGGGGCAGGGAGAAAGCACCCUCCCGGGCUCGAAUCAUAUCAAUAAGGUGGUAAGUCAUCCCACGUUGCCGGUCACCAUCACGGCUCACGAAGACCGCAACAUCAAAUUCUACGAUAACAAGUCAGGUAAAGUGAUCCAUGCCAUGGUGGCACACCUGGACGCAGUGACCAGUCUGGCUGUGGAUCCAAACGGGAUUUACCUGAUGUCGGGCAGUCAUGACUGCUCCCUGCGUCUGUGGAAUCUCGACAGUAAAACGUGUGUUCAGGAGAUCACGGCUCACAGGAAGAAGAGCGAGGAGGCGAUCUACGACGUGGCCUUCCACCCCUCCAAGGCCUACAUCGCCUCCGCUGGAGCUGACGCCCUCGCCAGGGUCUACGUGUAAACGAGGAAGAGAAGAAGAAGAGGAGGAGGAGGACAACUAGGCAAGAGACACAUAGAGAGAGAGAGGGAGAGAGAGACGGGCUGAAGAAUCAGGUCUGUUCAGCUCUCUGAACACAGAAAAUACUCGGGACGGAGGAGACGACUGAACACACACACACACACUCUCUCUCUCUCAUUCACACACAAACUCAUACAAACACGCAUACACACUCUCUCUCAUACACACACACUCUGGGACUGAAGACAGUGAGGGAUGUUCAGCAGCACAAACGUUGUGAAAACGUUGUUUAAAGGUUGACACUGAGUAGCUCACCUGCCCUGUGAUGUCAUUGCCCUCCAAGUCCUGAUGCGGCUCAGAUGACUUUUCAUUAAGUCCCGCCCCCUCCUCUUCCUUCAUUUUAACACUAAUCUGACCUCCUGACCCCGCAGACAGAGGGCGCUCUAACAGGAAACAUCCUCAACAAUCAGCUGCUUUAGUUUCUGUGUUCAGUAGUUUUCUUCUUCUGUUGUCUCGUCCAAAUGUUUCCAGCUGCCUCAGGUUCAGGUCCAGUGUUUGGCGACUCAAAGGGCGAGAGCGUUGUUGUUGUUUUACCUCUGACAUUCAGUAAAACAGGAAACUCUUCAUGUUAAAGUCACACUGAGACGUCACCGUGUGAACCGCUCAAACAUCUGUGCUGCGUGUGCGCUGAUCUUUGAUCGCUGAUCUCUUGUCUGAUGAGAAUCUCUUAUGAAUGUGGAGCAGAAAUGUCGCCUCAAACCCCCGGGGUAGUCUGUGUCCUCUCCCUGCAUCCAGGUCCUCCUCAGACCGCUUGAAAGUCGGUCCUUCUUCUUUGUCGUAUUCGUGCGUUUUCAGUCGUUACGUGCGAACAACACGGGUGCUAAAAAGUAGCGUUGUCACGAUCCACAGUUUUAAACGUCGAUAUGAUUCUCGUAAAACUCCAACGACAUCGAUACCUGUUUUAAUAUAACGGAGUGUGUCUGCAGUUUUUGAAUGGUCAGUUUGAAUAAGAACUGAAACUAGGAAGCGGUCUUCCUCCUACAUUACUCAAAUUUACAGGGUGUACAUGAAUGCAGCAUUACUUCUGUGGGAUUCAGUUGACAUUAACUUUAAACAGAACUUCAGAACGGAUAAGGGUCGUCAUGAUAUCAGAAUUUUAAACUUCUAGUAACCAUCAUGAUCAAUGAUAUCGAUACCUGUUUGUUACCACGGCAACAGCAAUGGAAGUCCAAUACCUGGUCAUCUCUUGGUUUUAAUGACCAAUAAUUGCAGACAAUCUCCUGCACACUGACACGUUUGAACGUAUACCGCUAGCCGACGUAUUGGUGCAGUUUAGACUGUUCUCUCUCUCGCUCUCUCUCUCUGUCUCUCUCUCUCUCUCUCUCUCUCUCUCUCUCUCUCUCUCUCUCUCUCUCUCUCUCGGCGUGACAUUUUUUAAAGCUUUGGUACAUUUUUCGAUACUAUCGAUUAUAAAAAUAUCAGAUUGUAUCAUUUUAAAAACAUAUUACAUCGUGAAUACUUCUUGCUGAACGUCCUCUCUCCUCACUCUCCUCUCUUCACGAGUUCAAAACGACGUGUAAGGAGGUGCUUCGAUGUUUAGAGGGAACAGCUGAUCUGAGGCAGUCGAUUGAAACGCUCUGAACAGAACAACAGAAGAAGAAGAGGACGGUUGUCGACCUCAAGCUGCAGCAGAGUCAGAGAAGAGUUGAGCUGCUUUUAAGACAGAACAGAACUUGUGAUGUUUUUAACCCAACGUGUUUCUGUUUUUAGUUUCUUAAAGUUUUCAUGAAAAAAAGAUCGGAUUCUUUUUUACGUGUUUUUUAAAAUGAUCUGGAGUUUGAUUCGCCACGUCGGGUUAAAAAUCAUGUUCCUGUUUUUUUCCUCUCUGAGCUGCCAGCUGAUUGGACAUCUCUCAAGUUUCUGAGGAUUGGUUAAUUCAUCCCCCAACCUCAGUGGGCCAAUCAGAGCUCAACGUUUACCAGGCGGCGAGUCGGGGGCGUUCAGCGUUACUGUAGUUCCACAUGGACGUUUUCUGUUUGUGUAAAAUAAAUCUAGUUUUUAUAAUCGUUUUUAUAAAUGUGGAGACGGAUUCUGGUCCCUCAUUCCCUACCAGUCCCGCCAUCAUGGCGCUCACAGGCGACGCCCACCUACUUCCUGUAUCCACGUAUUCAUCUGACACUCAAGGAUGGAGUCUGGUUUCCUGCGAGGAACUCUGGGUUCAGGUUCUGGACUGCGUUGAGGAUUUGAUGUUACGUAAACAUCAGAGGAGAGAGGAGGAGCAGCCGAGGAGACUCGGCCGAGGAGGAAGACGCUGCUCUGAUAGACAUCUUUCUGUCAGGGUUAGAGUUGUCAUGGUAACUUAAUUUAUAAAGUUUCCUAUGAUUCCAGUUAAAAUCAAACAAUAUUAUUACCUUUUUGUUAGCACGGCAACCAAAUCAAAAGUCCAUGAGACCUGGUAUUCAGUAAUUUAUUGAUUUAAAUCAUUAAAAUUUGGACAAACUUCUGCACACUAACUUCGGCAACUGUUCAGUACCAAAACAUUGCCAACGUGCUCACUCUCUCUCUUUGUUACAAACAUGGCUGACGGUUUGUAGUUUUCUUAAAGUGUCGUUCCUCUUUGAUUCUCUUGAUCAUUAAGAUAACUGUUAUAUCGUUAUAAAAACGUGUGCAAUCAAAACAUGUUGAAGUCAUGAAUAUUCUGACGACCUUUGUCCGUGUUUCUCCUGCUUAACGCUUUUCUACGUAAUCAAUAAUAAAUAAAAUCGGCUGGAUUCACUUUCAGAUCUGAUUU